AAGCAACAUCUUUGCCUCUUCUUCCCUGAAUUAAAAACCAAAACUUGCAGUUCUACACCUGUAACCCACCUUUUUUCUGGCUAUGGCGAUGCCGAAUGAAGUAUCCAGCGCACUUGAACUUAUCGAGUUUCAUUUGUUUGGGGAGUUGUCUCCUAUUGCAGGCUUUUCUGAAGAAGAGAAAAGGGGCAGAAAGGAAAAAGUGAGAGAGAGAGAGAGAGAUGAUAGUGCAGUGGAAGGGUUUUGGGCGGUGAAAGGCUCGAGACAGAUACUGCAAGCGUCCUCGAAGGCAUCAUCGGGAGCUGCGGCGGAAGAAGACGACGGAGCUGAAGAUGCAACUGGUUUCUGGAGGAGGGAGCAUGGUGGAGGAGAUGAAGAGGAUGAUGAAGAAGGAGAAGUGAGAUCCGCCAUGGGAAUGAGGUAGGUAAGAAUCGUAAGAUUGAUAGGGGAGAGGAGAAGAGAAAAGGAAGGAGGAGAAUGUGAAGAGAGACAGAGGAGGGAACCCCAAGCGGAGCGUGGAGAGGAGAAAGGUAGAGUAAAUAAAUAGUCAAAGAAAAC